AUGACCACAACAAAAAAGGCUCUUGAAAAACCAAUUCCGGUAACCCUAUUAUCUGGUUUCUUGGGUGCUGGGAAAACCACUUUGCUUGAAAGAAUCUUGACCACCGAUCACGGUUACAAGAUUGCAGUGAUCAUCAAUGACGUCUCCCAAUUGAACAUCGAUGCUGCGUUGAUCCAAAACCACAAGGUCACCAAAAAGGAAGAAAAGCUUAUUCAGUUGCAAAACGGUUGUAUCUGUUGUACUUUGAGAGGUGAUUUGUUGGAAGAACUUUGUUCAUUGGCCACCUCGGGCGAGUUCCAAUAUAUCGUCAUUGAAUCCACCGGUAUUUCAGAACCAAUGCAAGUGGCCGAAACUUUUACCACCGAGUUCUCCGAAACUUUAUUGCAAGCUCAAGGGGCUUUGAGUGCAGAUGAACAGAAAACCGUUGAAAAUAUUGUCAAAAUGGGUGGUUUGCACACCUUAACCCAACUUGAUACCUGUGUCACCGUUAUUGAUUCGCUUAAUUUCUUGGACAACUUUGAGACCACCGAUUUCUUAGCCGACAGAUACGGUGACAACGGUCAAGGUGAAGCCGAAAGAACCAUCACUGAUUUGAUGGUCGAUCAAAUCGAAUUCUCCGACGUCAUUAUUAUCAACAAGGUAUCAGCAAUUUCAAAGAAGCAACGCAAGAAGAUUACCAAAAUCGUCAAGUCGUUGAACCCUGUUGCUAAAUUGCAUAUGACUGACUAUUGUAAAGUCCCAAUUGGUGAAGUGAUCAAUACCGGGUUAUUUGAUUUUGAAAAAUCCUCAUCUUCUGCCGGUUGGUUACAAAGUAUCAACGAAAUGACUAUCAGAGAAGGUUUCGGUACCAAAAACUCUUCAGCUUUGACUCCAAAGCCAGAAACUGAGGAAUAUGGUAUCAACAAUUUCGUGUAUCGUUCUAGAAGACCAUUCCACCCAGAAAGAUUAUAUGAACUUCUUAGUGAUAAGUUCGUGAUUAUUGAACAAGCUGGUUUUGAGGAUGAUGAGGAACCUAAUGAAGACGAAGAAAUGAAAGAUGAUGAAGAAGAAGAGGAAGAAGAAGAAGAAGAAGAAGAAGAAGAAGAUGAUGAUGAUGAUGAUGAAGAGGAAGUUGAUGAUGCUAAAGUCAACAAAACCAUUAUUAAAACCAAAAAGAAGUCGAUAUUCGGUCCAAUGUUGAGAUCUAAGGGGUUCUUUUGGUUAGCUACCAGAUAUAUAAUGAGAGGCGAGUGGUCCUCUGCUGGUACAAUGAUGACUUUAAGAGGUGGUAUUCCAUGGUUCUCAAUCACUGGUAUUGAAGACGUUCCACCAGCAGCUGCCGAGCUCAUCAAAAGAGACAUGCAAGGAAAAUAUGGCGACAGACGUAACGAGAUCGUAUUCAUUGGUGUCAAUAUCGACAAAAAACGUUUAUCUAAAGCUUUAGACAAGUGUUUGCUUACCGACAAAGAGUUUGCCCAAUUUGAAAAGAUUACUGAUAAAGAAAAGAACAUUAUCAAAGUGGAAACCAAGUUGCAAAAGAUUUUCAAUGAUGGAUUUGAAGAUUGGAUAGUGUUCGAUAAUGAUGAUGAAGACGAAGAUGAAAAGAAAGAUGAAAAAGAUGAAAAAGACACCAAGAGUGACAAGAAAGCAGAUAGCAAAAGACAAAAACUUGAUCUUCUGGUUGAAAAGCAUGGUAAUCAUUCUCAUGUCAGGGUUCAGCCGGUAGCCUAG